UGCUUUUUUUUAGAAGAAGAAUCAAUUACAUUAUCAGUUAUUCUUGACGUACUUAGCUAGUACAUCGUUAGCAAGCAGGCUAGCUUGGGGACACUUGCAACGUGGAAAGGGGUGAUUUAUCUCUCUCGAAAAAGCUGUGAAAUAGAAUUCGUGCUUCGUGCCAGAUAAGGACAACUAGGGGAUUUAAAGCUUGAGCCCAAGGACGUACGAGUAGGCGAAGUAGUCGGACGAGUCGCACUGGGUGUAGGACGGCGAUGGCUUGUUUACCCCGGCCAGGGAUCAUGGAUUUGGAAAACGUACACGAUAUGAUCAGCGGUUUCGACUCGAUAGCAUGUCGUGACUACAAAAGAAGUCUUCUCCGCAGAUAAACUGCAGUAGCUUAAGCAAAAAGGCCUCGUCUGAUGGAGGAUAAUAGUACUCCUUAAUCCGAGCACGGUCCUCCGCCUAACUGGCAGCCACCAGCCGAAGCGAGGGAAUCAAAACACCAGAGGAAUCGCGUAUAUUGUUAACGUUUCAACGUUAAAGAAGUGUCUCGUUUCAACUGGCUGGGAAAUUGGAUCCACAAAAUAUGCCAUUUUUGGAAAACGUGUAUUGCACACCACACGGUCCAUCGGGUUUCUUCGUUAUUUCUCUUCAUCAGGAAGGUUUUAUCGCAAUUAAGGGGAUUUAUGGGAUCGCAAGUCCGCAUUUCUGAACAGCUGAUACGUCCUCAGCAAUGCCACGACACUGCCUGUUGUAUGGCUGGAAAUGUGACCCAUUAAUUUAAACUCACUUGCAAUUUUCAUCUGAUGAGAUGAGUGUGCGUGCUGGCCAGGGUAGUGAUGAGGUGCUGGUGUCUCAGGCGGUGUGGGACUACCUGGCCGCCGCCGGGCGGCCGUGGCUCGUUGACUUCCAGGACCAGCAGGGCAUGAGCGCGGGCAUCGUCCGGCGGGGUGAGAGGGGGGGCUGCUGCGCCGUGAGGCUUCAGCCUGUGGACGGCUCCAGGCGGGCCGCCCCUGGGGGUCUGACGGACGGGCCCAUCUCCAACGAGACCCGCAAAGCCUUCAUUGACUUGUGCCGCUGCGCCCGUAAAGAGAUGAGCAAGCUGGACGGCGGGCCCAAGCGGAAACGGAACCUGAACCUGCUGCCCUGCGUCGGCGUCCUGGAGGCCAGCAGCCGGGAGGGCAGUCUCCUGGCGCCGCCGCCCCCCCAGCCUCGGCGCUCGCAGCGGCAGCAGCAGCAGCGGUUCCGGAGGCCCACCGACGAGGAGGCGUGCGUCAUGCUCCACGAGGUGAGUGACCGGAAGGACCUGGAGCCCGGCACGGCGGCUUGGGGCGACGCGGACGCCAACAACGUCUGCUCCAUCUGCAUGGGGGACGUGGUGGAGAAGACCACCCUGGAGAGGUGCGGCCAUUCCUUCUGCCGCUCCUGCUUGGACCAGGCCUUCAAGGUGAAGAAGGCGUGUCCGGUGUGUCGGCUGGUGUACGGCCAGCUGAUCGGGAACCAGCCUGCCAAUGGUUCCAUGGUGGUGGAGAGAGACCCGGACCUGGAGCUCCCUGGACACGAGGGCUACGGGUGUAUCUGCAUCAUAUACAGCUUCCCCCCUGGCCUGCAAGCGCCAGAGCAUCCAAACCCAGGAGUACGGUACCCAGGAACGGACCGCGUAGCCUACCUCCCAGACAGCCCCGAUGGCAACCGUGUGCUGGGCCUGCUCCGGCGGGCCUUCGAACAGCGCCUUAUAUUUACCAUCGGUACCUCCAUGACUACUGGCAUGCACAACGUCAUCACCUGGAACGACAUCCACCACAAGACCUCGUUAUGGGGAGGGCCCCGCUGUUUUGGUUACCCGGACCCGACGUACAUGGUUCGAGUCACGGAGGAACUUCGGGAGAAGGGCAUCACAGCAGAUUGACCCCCUGGGAAGACUAUGACUGUGUGAAACCUUUUCCCAGAACUGUUACUGAGCUGGACUUGAUGAGGCUGCAGGUUCCGUUCUGAGACUAUCCCCGUUGGAAGAAGUCCAGCCGAAAAACUAGGUCCUCACAACCGAGGUCAAACUAAUUGACCCACUCGUUCCUCUGAUCCCUUCACCUCUCCUUCUCUUCUGGAAGUGGAAGUUCACCCUACUUUGUUUUGAAGGGAAUCCUUUGGAGAGCAUUGCAUUCAACCUGUCACCGAUUGCAAUUGGACUGCUCUCAUGCACUCAUUUACAAAGUCUGUUGUUUUUUUCCAUGUUCACGGUACUCAUGUCUUAUUAAGGAUAUCUCAUUUGAAUGUUUAAAAGUUUAUUGGUGUUUUUCUUUAGGGGUAACUUCCCAAAUGGGAAUACUUUUUCAAACAUCCUUCGUGUUUGUCUCUCCAAUAGGGAUUGUUGAGCAAGUCUCUUUUUUUUUUUUAUUAUGAAUUGCCCGUUAUUCAGUCCCUCCAGAAAAACGUGAUUAUGCGAUCGCAUAAUUCAACGCAUAAUCAGCCAAAGUCUGCAUAUUCAUGCAUAUUCCGCACUUUCACCGCAUAAAUUGCAGAUUUCCGCGCAAAAUAUGCGGGGCUUGCAUGUUUUCAUAAUCCACGCAUUUUCGUUGCAAAAAAGUCACAUAUACUUUAGCAGAAAGUUGAAAACUUGUUGCGGUUACUUCACACAAGAGCAGCCAUUUCCCCCUGUUGCCACGGGAACGUUAGGAAAUGACGUGAACGUCAUCGAAAAGCUGCAUUUUUCGCAAGUUCCCGCAUUCCCGCAAUUUUUGCAAGUUCCCGCGAUUUCAUCGCAUACAAUUGCAUAAAUAUGCCGCAUUUUUUAAGAAAACGUGCCGCAUAAUCAAGGAUUUUUGGCCGCAACAAUCGCAGAAAAACGCCGCAUUUUUCUGGAGGGACUGGUUAUUGUAACAAUAGUGCGGAGGAGCGCUUAGUCAAAUAGGAAAGGCGUUAAUUUUUUGUUUUGUUUAUAAUAAUCUAAAGCACUCACAGGCACUUUGGGAUAGGAGUAUGGUUGACGUUGAAAAAGCCCUGCUCUCUGCUUCCUCUCCGUCGAAGAGUGCUUGGGCCGGCCAUGGGCCCUGCGUGGCCCCAAGCUGGCGGCUUGGCCACACGUUGAUGUCACUUCGCUUGGAGCACUUCUCGUCUGCGUUUGAUCUUCCUCAUCUCCUCUCUAUCUUUUGCGCUGAAUACAGAGAAUGUUAAUCGAUGUCUAAUUACAGCACCUUGGGUUGUGUCUAAAGGAAAACCUCCCUUAAGUUCGUUUUCGGUUCUAAACCACGUAGAUGUGUCCCAGGAUUGAGCCACGACAGAUCUGUUUCGGUAGUAGGCCUACUAGGAGAUCCUUACAAGCUACUGCUUCUCGAUUUAUGACGAUGUCAAACGUAAAGGGGAUAAAGACGACUAUAAAUACCAAAUCCAAGGCACAAACGCUCUUUAAUGAUCUAUGCCGAUGUUCCUGUCACGCAGAGGAGGUGGCGGGGGGCGAUGGCCUGUGGAUAUUCUCAUUUUAAAUGAGAAAUCAGAAAUAUGAUAACUGAUUUCAAAUUAAUACAUAAUUGGUUCUUUGGUAAAUUUAUCUCAUUCGUGCCUUUCUUAUAUUCGAUUUUGAUAUAUAACAAAAUAAGCAUGUAUUACUAAUGAAUGGUUAGCAGUUCAGGUGUGCAUUGGUGUUAUUUGAUAGGUUAACAGCAUUAUCUUUGUUGCUAUACCCGGCUUUCAGUAUGGAGAAAAUACAUACAGUUCAUGAUUAAUAUAUAUAUAUAUAUAUAUAUACUGAUGUCUAAAUUAGCUUUUUACUCAUAAAAAUUCAUGUAGUCAAAAAGCUAUAUAGAAAAGCUAACAAACCUAAAGUCGUAUGUGUGAAGGUGCUUUGCAAAGGUACAGAAACAUGCUUGCAAAACUGACUUUUUCUAGAUACCAACAUCCAAUAAUAUAUUAUUUUCCCAUCACAACAGAUAUUAUUUUGUUAUGGGACCAAUUCAGAUAUUCUUGGGACACAGGAUUGUAGUUUACUAAAGCUACCAUGCAAACAUUUCUAUGCAGUACAUGAAAGUGGCCAGGGGGGGACAGUUGGAGAGAUUGCACAUUGCAAAUUGAUUGUUGAAAAGUGAGUUUUGCUUUUCUAAUUACGUUGAUUCGUACUUGGUCUGUUCUGAAAUUCAAAACAAUGUGCUUUACAUUUUAAUACUUGAAUAAAAGUUAUGUUCUGUUUCCGA